GACAGCCCCCCUCUUCCCCGCACAGACGUGCUCUGCAAUCCGAUUCGCACCCAAAUUGAGCGUUUCUUACUACCCGAAUGCAGGAUUUCAUCGGUUCAGUUCGCCGAUCUCUGGUCUUCAGACCGUCAGGGGAACCCGAAGAUGGUGGUAACGGCUUCGGAGGAUUCGUGGAAAAGAUUGGAUCCAGUAUCCGGAAGUCGAGCAUAGGAAUGUUUUCGAAGCCCCAGUUGCCGUCCUUGCCGCCGGUUUCCAAACCGGAGCAGAUGAAGUCCCGGAAAGAGGACCAGCCGCUAAUCAGGUGGCGGAAAGGGGAAAUGAUCGGUUGUGGCGCUUUUGGGAGGGUUUAUAUGGGGAUGAAUCUUGAUUCAGGGGAAUUGAUUGCUGUGAAGGAGGUAUCAAUUCCAGCCAACACUGCUACUAGAGAGAAAAAGAAAGAUCCCAUUCGAGAGCUCGAGGAAGAAGUGAAUUUACUGAAGAAUCUUUCGCAUCCAAACAUUGUGAGGUAUUUGGGGACCGCACGAGAGGAAGGAUCUUUGAAUAUAUUGUUAGAAUUUGUUCCAGGCGGAUCGAUUUCAUCUCUUUUAGGAAAGUUUGGCUCUUUUCCAGAACCUGUUAUACGAAUGUACACAAGGCAAUUAUUAAUUGGAUUGGAGUACUUGCACAAAAACGGAAUUAUGCACAGAGAUAUAAAGGGAGCAAACAUUCUUGUCGAUAACAAAGGCUGCAUUAAACUUGCGGAUUUUGGGGCAUCAAAGAAAGUAGUUGAAUUGGCCACUAUGACUGGUGCCAAGUCAAUGAAGGGUACUCCGUAUUGGAUGGCACCUGAAGUUAUCCUUCAGACUGGGCAUAACUUCUCUGCUGACAUAUGGAGUGUAGGCUGUACCGUUAUUGAGAUGGCCACUGGUAGGCCUCCAUGGAGCGAACAAUAUCAGGAGGUUGCUGCACUCUUUCAUAUAGGGACAACUAAAUCUCAUCCGCCGAUCCCGGAACAUCUAUCAGCUGCAGCCAAAGAUUUCUUACUGAAAUGUUUACAAAAAGAACCAAACCUCAGAUCUACAGCGUCUGAUUUGCUGCAGCAUCCACUUGUUACCGGAGAAUAUCAUGAAAGUCAUCCUGGCUCAAACAAUUUGUCCAUGAACAAUGCUGGGAACAAAAUGGCAGCACAGAAGAUGGAUGUUAAGAAAUUAUCAAACUCUGAUAUAAUAAUUUCUUGCAAUGGAUUGAAAGAUGUUUGCGAAGGGGACAGUGUGAGGUGCUCAACUAUAUAUCCUGAAAAGUUUUCUGCAACAGAGUCACUCUGGAAGACAUCAAAUUCUGAUGAUGAUGAUGAUAUGUGUCAGAUUGAUAAUGAUGAUGAUCUUCUUGUUAGUGAGUCUAUGAAGUAUGCAUCUAAGUUUCCUUCCUAUGAUCUUAACAAGAGUUUCAAUCCUAUGUGUGAGCCUGAUGGUUGGGAAUGCAAAUAUGAUGGAAGUUCUGAAACGGAAACGAGCCCAGGUGUUUUCCUAUCCAGUCAAGCUAAUAAUGAACUUAACAAUAGUGCCAUAUCUUUCGAUAAGCACAAUGGCUUUACAUUUCCAUGUGGGCAAUCUGUAGUCGAGCACGAUGCUGAAUCAAAAAUUAGGGCAUUCCUUGACGAAAAGGUUCUUGAUCUCAAGAAGCUGCAAACACCUCUAUAUGAAGAAUUUCAUAAUUCCAUGAAUACUGCCUGCACUUCAAGUCCUUCCAGUAAUAAGGAAAAUACUCCGAAUAAUAUAAAUUUACCACCAAAAGGAAAAUCUCCCAAACGCUUCCUGAGCAGGAGACUGUCUGCCGCUGUUGAUAUUGCAGGGAAUUCCAGUACAGUAUGUUCGAAACGGGUAUCAAAUGUCGGUUGUUUACGUGAGGCUACACAGGAUGUUCAAUCACCUGGACUUUGUGAAUUAAAGGAAGUCAUUCUAGAUUCAGAGUCUGACCCUAUAACACCAAGUGACUCUGAGAUAAGAAAAAGAUGGGAAGAAGAGCUUGGUGAAGAGCUAGAGAGAUCACGAGAGAUUAUGCGUCAAGCCGGUAAGCUAAAGACAUCAUCACCCAAAGAGCGAGCAGUAAACCGGUUCAAAGACCGACUGAGAAUUGCAUCUCCGGGCUGGUAAAAAGCGCACGAUCAAAACAGCUUAUUUUUUGAAGCUCUUUUUUCAUGAACUCACGUCACACCGGUUUAGGAAACCGGUUCACAGAAGGGGCCCGUCCCGCCUGGUGUGGCAACAUGCAAUUCUCCACAGAGUGAAAAAUAAUAAUAUGAGGGCAGUCCUGGCUUGUGUGUGUGUACACAUUCAUCUAUAGAUACACCCAGCAAGGACUUAAAACCAAGGAGAAUCAUAUGAUCUCUCUUUGCUUAGCUGUUUUUUGGCCUCAAUUAUGUGAUCUCUCUAUUAUG